CGUUCGGCGUCGACUGACACUAGCAUCUUUUGCUUUUCACAAUAAUCGAUGAAAGGAUGAGCGGAGAUGCUGUCGUUUUCGUUCACUCGUAGCAGUAGCUGCUCCUGCUCCCCCGUCCGCCUGGUUCAGCCGCUGCCGAUCACUUCUCCGACGGCCGGCGGGACUCUCUACGGUCGCCUGGUCUGCGCGUCCCCGCCCAACCGAGCUCCUCCUGCUUGCUCUCGAGCUGCAGCUUCAAGCUCGAGGAUCACUCCCAUGGAGUCCGAUCGCAGCAGCAGCAGCGACGCCGCCGAUCAAUCGCCGGCAGGUUUCGGUUUCCUCUGUAAGAAGGCCUACGCUCCUCCUCCAUGGGCCUCUCAUCUUCGGCCCCUCCCCUCUCACGUCUUCUCUCUCGGCCACCUACCAACGCCAAUUCACAGAUGGAACUUUCCUAAUCUGCCAAAGGGCACAGAGGUUUGGCUGAAGCGAGAUGACCUUACAGGUAUGCAAUUGAGUGGAAACAAGGUCAGAAAGUUAGAAUUCUUGCUGGCAGAUGCAGUAGCUCAGGGUGCUGACAGUAUCAUAACGAUUGGGGGCAUCCAGAGUAACCAUUGCCGAGCAACAGCUGUGGCUACAAAGUAUCUGAAUCUGGACUGUUAUCUUAUUCUACGCACCUCCAAGGUUCUCGUUGACAAAGAUCCAGGAUUGACGGGCAAUCUUCUGGUAGAGCGCCUAGUUGGAGCUCAUGUGGAUAUCAUUUCCAAGGAAGAAUACGCAAAAAUUGGAAGUGUGACCCUCACUGAAAUCCUGAAAGAGAAGUUGAUAAAGGAAGGAAGAAAGCCAUAUGUUAUCCCUGUUGGUGGAUCAAACUCCUUAGGCACCUGGGGUUAUAUUGAAGCUAUUAGAGAGAUUGAACGGCAGCAACAUUCUGGGAGUGUAAAAGUUAAAUUUGAUGACAUCGUUGUAGCUUGUGGCAGUGGGGGAACAAUUGCUGGUCUAUCAUUAGGAUCGUGGCUGAGCACAUUGAAGGCCAAGGUCCAUGCAUUCUCUGUUUGUGACGAUCCUGAUUACUUCUAUGACUUUGUUCAAGGUCUGCUUGACGGACUUGAAGCAGGCGUUCUCUCUCGUGAUAUAGUGGACAUUCACAACGCCAAAGGUCUAGGUUACGCAAUCAGCACUGCCGAGGAACUGAAAUUCGUCAAGGAUAUUGCCACAGCGACUGGAGUUAUUCUAGACCCAGUGUACAGUGGUAAGGCUGCUUAUGGGAUGAUGAAGGACAUGACAGAGAAUCCGAAGAAUUGGGAAGGCAGAAAAGUCCUCUUUGUCCACACGGGUGGCCUUCUGGGCCUAUACGAUAAGGUUGAUCAGUUGGUUUCCACAGUAGCAAACUGGCGUCGAAUGGACGUCCAUGAAUCUGUUCCCAGGAAGGAUGGCACUGGGAAGAUGUUCUGAAGAAGAACUACUUCUCAAGGUAUCUGCGGUCUCCUGUACUCUGUAGGCAGAUUGAAGUCCGUUUAUCUCAUCAUUCGGUGAAACAUGUAGGAUGGUAUAUGUUAAUAAAGUGCCAUUUUGGUUGUGCUUAGUACUA